GGGCGGCGGGAGAGGCCCGUCAGCGAGGGCCGGGCCGGGCGGCGCCGCGGCGGCGGCGGCGGCCAUUACGCGAGGCCGCAGCCCUGCCUGCCGCCGGGCCCCAGCGCCGCCGCGGCCCCGCCGCGGAGCUGCAGCUCGUAUUUCUGGGCCAAGUGGAAAAAUCCUGUGAGGAGUGUUGGUGAUAGAAAGGCUGGAUGAUCCUCACCAUUUUAAGUCAUACAAGAAGAUGCUGAAGUGUUGAACACGUUGGUACUGAUGCUGUACUAGUCUUGUUCCUCUACUUCGAGUCAGUAUGUCAAAGAAAUUGAAGGCUCCGCUUUCCUUGUCUGACUGCCUCUGCCAAAUUUGCAUGGAGAUCUUUGUGGAGCCUGUGACGCUGCCAUGCAACCAUACCCUCUGUAAUUCUUGUUUCCAGCUGACAGUUGAGAAGGCCAGUCUUUGUUGCCCUUUUUGCCGGCGUCGAGUAUCUUCCUGGGCACGAUACAAUGCCCGCAGAAAUACUCUUAUCAACUGGGAACUCUGGGAGAAGAUUCAGAAGAAUUACCCAAAGGAAUGUGAACGUAGGAUUAAUGGACAGGAUUUGGAAGAGGAAAUCUGUGUCCCCCACCCACAACACCAGCUGUGCAAGCCAGGGGAACUGAGGCAGGAAUAUGAAGCAGAGAUUAGUAAGGUGGAGGCAGAAAGGCGAGCACAUGAACAAGAGGAGAACAAGGCAAGUGAGGAAUACAUUCAACGGCUUCUAGCAGAAGAGGAGGAGGAAAACAGAUUGGCAGAAGAGAGACGGAGGGAGAUGGAGGAACAGCUGAAGCAGGAUGAAGAGUUAGCCUGGCAGCUGAGUAACAGUCUGAAUGAUGAUUCCAGAGGACGUAUGCUCAGCAGUCCUUCACCAGCAGGCAAUCUCUCAUCUGAAACAUCCCCAGCUAAUUUGCGCAAGAUGAAGAACAAACCAAGCAACUCUGGAGACAUUCAGAAGUAUCUGUCUCCAAAGCUUCAUCAUACACUGGGAUCAGCAUCGUUCUCCAGAACAACAGAAAGAGGCAGGAGCGACUCUGGCUUUGUGGAGACCAGUAGCACUGAGGGUGGCAGCAGUUCUGUGUGGCAAGAUGAGCAAGAGGAAAUGCCAACGCUGUCUCCACAGCUGACCAGUGUGAUUAAAGAUUCCAGUGCUAAGGAUUUAUUUCUGGAAUCAUGUAUGAACUAUUUCAGUGCCUCAGCUUCAGGGGAAACCACCACUGUCGAACAGGAGAAAACAACAGGACCAAAUUGCCUAGGAGAUGAAGUUCCAGAUGGAAUCACGAAAGGGAAGGUGUCUAGAACAGUUCUUCAUAGGUCCAAAGGUGAAGAUGACAGAAUUGAUUCAGACAGUGACAGUUUAACACAUGUAGAAAGCAUAAACCUUGAAAACGCUGCUGACACUUGUUCCUGUAUUCAGUCAGCAACGAAUUCUGUGAUGUCUGACAGCAAAAGUGUAAUAUGUGAUCCCAUGAAGGUGGCUAGCCACUCAGAUGAAGAGAAGCCAGAGAGACUGCAAAACACUAAGGUGACUCCAAAAAGAAAGUCACUGGAGCCACCAGCUGAAGCAGUGGUUGACUUGUGUGUGCUUGAUAAGAGGAGAAGAACUCUCACGGAAAGUUUCAAGGACCAAGGGAAGCAGAUAAAUGAUUUUAACUUGCAAAUGCAGAAAGCCUUUGAGCAGGUGUUCUAUGAAAGGCGUAUGCAAGAGGAGCAGGACAGGCUUCUGGCUCUGCAGCUACAAAAACAGAUCAACAAGGAGGAAAGGAGCCUUAAUCGACAGAAGGGCUCUCCAGAUGAGUACCUUCUUCGCACCAAACCACCUCAGUCUGUGAAAGACUGUCCUGCUAGAAAGGGAAGUUCCAAGAUGGCAAAAGACUCAAAGGUACCAAAAAAUCAGGCUGAAACAAAUCACCGCAAAAGUCGAAAAGGUUCUUGCAAUGAAAACUGGCAGUCCCCUACCAGAGUCCGAAUGAAAUCGCCCAGCAUCAAGGGAGGAAAAGUUUUGAAUUGUGUCGUUAAUACCAGUGAUGCAAAUGAUAUUUGUUCACUACCUAAGAAUAAGCAAAAGACAAUUCUUCAGAUGUUUAAAAGCUCUGUUGCGGAGUAGAUCAACAGAACCACAGACAUAUGGUGGAAUGAAAGUUAAAACCAUGGUAAUGCUUUCUCCUGUGUUAAGCAAAGCUUCCUGUAAACAGUUCUAAAGUUGUUGGUUUUGAGGGGGAUCGCUUUGUUGUAUAUUCUGAGAAGUGUGUACGCCCCCAGACUUUAAAAAAGUUUAAUUGGUCUUUUCUUGACUGCAGCUUAUUUUCUGACACUUGCAUUUACAUAAUUUUGAAUGUGAAUACUGUUAGUGUUUAAAAACAAAAAUAACUGAUGGUCAUAUCUUAAAAUGAGAAUUUGAAGCCUCUUACGGAAAGGAUGCACAUUCCUUGGUGGAAACAAAAAAAAAAAAUCAGUAUGUGCUUCCAGUUGUCUGCCUAUUGCAAGGUUAAAGCUUCACUAGGCACAACCACUGUUCUGUUAAGUUGAAGCAUGUUACUGGAAGUUAGGCUCUUUGUUGAAUUGUGCUGUUCACACGACAGUAACUACUCUGACUGCACAAUCUUGCAGACACACUUUCCCUCUCCCUCUCAUACCCCUUUCUUAGACAAAGAGGGAGAAAACAGGUCGUUCUCCCACUGCCGAAGCCAAGGAUCUUUCAUAGAUGCCAAUAGUAUAAAUGGUUGUGGGCUUGUAUUUACCUCUUCAUGGAGAUCACUUCUGCAGAUCUGACUCUCACUGUCAUUAGGAAAAAGAUACUUUUGUUUUUUGCAACUUUAUUCUUGUACGAUAUUACCUAUAUUUAGUGCUGUUUAAUUUUUGAACUCAAACUGGUUUGAGUCUGAAUAAAAGCACAUAGUACUAAAAGAAUAGUUAGUCCAGAAGACAGUUAAAAAGGAGAAAGUUAAGCCAAAAGGGGGAAAAGCAACUGAAUGCUGGAGUUGCCAGUCACGAUGUAACUAUAAUUACAAAUUCACACAGAUACCAUGCCUGGCUGUAACUGUUCCCCCUUUUUUUAGAGGGACUACCAAAUACUGUCUCCCAGUUGGUUUUAAAACUAACACCAUUCAAAAGAAUUACAAGUUAGACACAUGAGGAAGCAGAGGCUUGUAGAAAGUUGAGGCUGAUGAGGAGUUGCCCAGCAACUCAGCAGAGGAAUUAUUCUUGCUGGAUUGUUUAUCUGCUGCUAUUAUGAAACCAUCUUUUGGGCUUUCUCUGCUUUUAAUGAGGUACUUUUGUACUGUACAUGUUCAAAAGAGAGCAAAGCACCAAUCUACAUUGCUGAAGUGUGUGUGCUAGUCACCAAAGUUAGCAAAAAUUUAAAGGUGUACUUUUUUUGAACCUCAUUGAUGAUCUACACACUUUAACUCAGUUCUGGGAAAUUUGUAACAAAAUACUUCAAAGCAGUAUCUUCUGAUGUUUCAAGUUUUAAAAAAACAAAACAAAGCUUGAAAUUUUAUUGAAAGCAUGAACAGCACACCAAACCAAAAACGUGAAUUUGGGUUUUUUUCUCUGCCUGCAUGUCUCUGGUAAUGAUGGGUUUCUCAUAAAUAAAUGAUCUGUUAUAAGAUGCUUUUUGAGAAAGUUACAACAGGUGACCAGUUGCAAAUCAUUCACUUUUGCUGCCUCAACCACUGUGCUGGAAGCCUUUCUUCAGUGUAGAUUUGUUUCUGUUUAAUCCUUACCUUUGUUUGGGUUAUUAAUACUUUGUCAUAUGCAGUCAAAUAUAAUCCUUCAUUAAUUAAAGUGUUCUUUAAGGCAGA